GCCUGUGUCCGGGCUUCAAGGGCCGUGUCGGGGCCGGACACCUGCGCUCCUCGACGGCGGUGGCGGCGGCGUCCGGGCCAUGGCGGCCGAGGCGCGCGUGUCGCGCUGGUACUUCGGUGGGCUGGCGUCGUGCGGGGCCGCCUGCUGCACGCACCCGCUGGACCUGGUCAAGGUGCAUCUGCAGACGCAGCAGGAGGUGAAGCUGCGCAUGACGGGUAUGGCACUGCAGGUGGUGCGCUCCGACGGCGUCCUGGCGCUCUACAAUGGGCUGAGCGCCUCCCUGUGCAGACAGAUGACCUACUCCCUGACUCGGUUUGCCAUCUACGAGACCGUGCGGGACCACGUAACCAAGGGCAGCGAGGGCCCCCUGCCCUUCUACAAGAAGGUCGUGCUGGGCUCCAUCAGUGGUUGUAUCGGCGGCUUCGUGGGCACCCCCGCGGACAUGGUCAACGUCAGGAUGCAGAACGACGUGAAGCUGCCCCAGAAUCAGCGCCGAAACUACGCCCACGCCCUGGACGGCCUGUACCGCGUGGCCCGAGAAGAGGGUCUGAAGAAGCUGUUCUCGGGCGCAACUAUGGCGUCCAGUCGAGGGAUGUUGGUCACUGUGGGCCAGCUGUCCUGCUAUGACCAAGCCAAGCAGCUGGUUCUCAGUACGGGGUACUUGUCCGACAGCAUCUUCACUCACUUUAUCGCCAGCUUCAUUGCGGGUGGAUGCGCCACAUUCCUGUGCCAGCCCCUGGACGUGCUGAAGACCCGGCUGAUGAACGCCAAGGGCGAGUAUCAGGGUGUUCUGCACUGUGCCAUGGAGACAGCGAAGCUUGGGCCGCUGGCCUUUUACAAGGGCCUCGCGCCUGCCGGCAUCCGCCUCAUGCCCCACACUGUGCUCACGUUUGUGUUUCUGGAGCAGCUUCGCAAACACUUUGGCAUCAAAGUGCCGUCCUGAUGUGGCCAUGGGAGCAGCUGGGUCAUGCCCAGCCCCCUGCCCCAGUUUUUUCCAGAGUCCUGGAGGGUCAGCAGCUGAGCGCUGCCCU